AUGAUUUUCAUAUCUGGUGGCCCUGGCUCUGGCAAAGGCACACAGUGUGAGAAGCUGGUGAGGAAAUACGGGUUCACCCAUCUCUCGAUGGGCGAGCUCCUACGUAAAGAACUGGCCUCGGAAUCUGAAAGAAGCAAACUGAUCAGAGACAUCAUGGAACGUGGAGACCUGGUGCCCUCGGGCAUCGUUCUGGAGCUCCUGAAGGAGGCCAUGGUGGCAAGCCUCAGCAACACCAAGGGCUUCCUGAUUGAUGGCUACCCUCGGGAAGUGAAACAAGGAGAAGAGUUCCGACGCAGG